AUGAAUAGUGGUCAAGAAAGAAGUUUAUUUUUAUAUAUUUAUAAAUAUUUAAUUUUUAUCAUUCAAUUUUGUGGAAUAUUUUUUAAUUUUAUUGCUAUUUAUUUUUUAAAAAAUGAUAAUAAACGUACAAAAAAAUCUUAUAAAACAAUUCUUCUUAUUCAUUGUUUUAUGGAUAUUUGUUUAGGAAUUUUUCAUAUAUUAGGAAUAUAUCAAAUUGAAAUUAUUGGAACAGUAGUAUUUAUAACAGUUGAUGGACCAUUACAAUAUAUCAAUAUAUUUAUUGUACAUGUUUUAUCUUUUGUUAUUACAACAUUUUUUUCUUGUUCUAGUGUAUUUUGUGGAUGUAUUACAAUAAUUUAUAGAUAUUUAAUUGUUGUUAAAAGUAAAAUUAUUAAAACAACAGAUAUUAUUAAAAUGUUUAUUCCUAUGUUAUUACUUUCUGGUAUAAUAUCAAUACAGUAUAUUAUUACUUUUUGUUCUCCUAAUACUAAAGAAUAUUAUAUUUAUAAAAAUUUAUUAGAUGUCAAUUAUUGGAGUAGUGGUAAAAUAUAUGAUGAUAAUUUUAUAACAUUAAUAAUUCCUUCUUUUAAAGAAAUAACAGCACUUUUUAAACUUUUAGAAAUUUCUUGUUAUUUUAUAGCAGCUAUCAUUGUGAUACUAUUCAAAAUAUUAAUAUCUAAAUACUUAAAAAAUAAGAAAAAUAGUAUGUCAAUAUCAACAUUAAAAAAAGAAAAACAAAUACAAAGAACAUUAAUAGUUCAAGCAUUAUUACCUAUAAUAUUAUUCUAUAUACCAAAUAUCUUAUUGACAUUUAUGAUUAUUUUUCAUAUUCCUUUUCAAUAUUAUACAAUAUUUAUAACUAUCUCUAUUACAUAUGUACCAUUAGUAAAUCCAUGUAUUAUAUUAUUAAUGACUUCACAAUAUAGAACAAAAAUUUUUCAAGUUUUAUGGAUUAAUAAAAAAAAAAUAAGACCAAACACAAUAUCAUUUUUUUUUAAAUAA